AUGCCUCGACCGUGGGCCGAUCAGCCAUACAGACUUAUCAACACCAAACCGUUCUCACAAGAUACAUCUCAUGCAGCCUACUAUGUUGCGACAGAAAUGGCGCUCGCUCACAAUGGUAUCAUAAGAGGUCUCAACGCCAUUUAUCUCCAGGCACCAAACCUCCCAGCAGGAAAUGCAACAGUGGCUCACAACUUCUUGAUUUACUGUCAAUACUGGAGCGAAAGUAUGCAUCAUCAUCACGAUGCUGAAGAAGUAAUCUUCUUUCCAGAUAUCGAGAGCAUCACCAAGAUCAAAGGAAUCAUGGAAAAGAAUGUUGAACAACACCGAGCUUUCACGCCUGGGUUCGACAAGUUCUACGAGUACUGCAAGACCUGCCCUCCCAAAGAUUACGACGGGGAGAAGUUGAGGACUAUUGUUCAAGCCUUUGCGGAACCACUGACCAAACACCUCCAUGAUGAGAUCGAGACCCUGCGAGCGCUUGAUAAGUAUGACAGUGAGAAGCUUCGUCAAGCAUAUCGAUGCUUUGAGAAAAGCCUGAUGGCAACUGAUAACGUCAGACAUGUGUUCUUAUCAGUGAACAUGAGACCUCUAACUUCUCCUAGNUUUCGAAUCGCUCCUCUAGUUUUCGGUACUGCAGACAGGAGUUUCGAGGGUGGAAUUCACAACUUUCCAGCUGUACCAUUCUUUGUGCCAUAUGUCAUCAACUACAUAUUUUGUAUGCGAUACCGUGGAGUAUGGCGCUUCAAUCCAAGUACGAGCUGGAGGGAUCGCAGGGAACUAGCUUAUGUCUGA